AUGGGCCAACCGUUUACCUACCACGAAGUCCAAACGGAUUCUGAUCUUGAGGACUCAAUUAGAGUGAGAGGGGGAUCCAAUCGAACUACUGAUCGUCGAUAUUGGGCGGCUGUCUUUGCUUUCCUAUUUGGGAUAGCAACGCUCAAUGUGAUAGCGGUCUACAGGCUGUGGAGCCUCGAUAAAAUCACGGCUUCCCACACGCAUACGGCCCCCGCCUUACAUCCAUCUCUUCCAUCGUCUACCGAGACUACAGCAAUGGUGAGCUGUGGGAAGUCGCGCGCAGAGGCAGUCUCCCGUGGGUGUGUUUUUGAUGUUAUGGGCGCAUCAUGGCUUCCAAAAGUUUGUUAUGACGAGGAGCUUGCUCUGGAAGCACUCUCGAAUUUGAAAACCCCGGGACCGGAACCUCUCUCAUGGUGGGAAGAUCGCAACCAUACCAUUCCAAUUUCCGCUGAUUCUCUGAAAAAUCUCGAUUCACUUGUUGCCCAUACAUGGGAACCAUACCACUCAGCGCAUUGCUUGUACACUUGGCGCAUGUUAACCAAAGCUGCAAAGCGUGUGAGAUGGGGGGAGAAAGGAGUAUACAUCCAUACGCAGGCCAUCAAUUUUAAGCAUGUGCAUCACUGCAGCAAAGUUCUCACCACAGAACCACCUGGGCUGUGGAGAAAGACGCAGGUUGAUUUUGGGCUCGGCGAAUGCGUCCGCCUAGAUAAACAUUAA